AAGCCAGAGGCCUACGAUUUCUUGAAGGAAAGGAGAGAGAAACUCAGAGGAGGAUAGAGAAGAAGGGGCUGUUUGGGAGACGCGCAGAGUGCAAUUCAUGGCUGAAUCAAACGACGCCGUCUCCCUCGAUAUGGAGAAGAUCUAUCUCGGUGGAAAGGAACAUUUUAUUCGAACUGGCUGUGGUUCAGUGUCUGUUAUCGUGUAUGGAGACCAAGAGAAGCCUGCACUUAUCACUUAUCCUGAUUUAGCUCUAAAUCAUGUGUCUUGUUUCCAAGGGUUAUUCUUUUGUCCGGAAGCGGCUUCUUUGCUGCUCCACAAUUUCUGCAUAUAUCAUAUCAGUCCUCCUGGCCAUGAGUUAGGAGCUGCUUCAGUUUGUCCAGAGGAUCCUGUGCCUUCAGUUGAUGACUUGGCAGAUCAGAUCCUUGAGGUUCUCAAUUUUUUUGGGCUUGGUGCAGUUAUGUGCAUGGGGGUGACAGCGGGUGCUUAUAUCCUUUCCCUAUUUGCUAUGAAAUAUAGGGAGCGUGUCCUUGGAUUGAUACUUGUAUCCCCUUUAUGCAAAGCGCCCUCUUGGACAGAAUGGUUUUAUAAUAAGGUGAUGUCGAAUAUGCUUUAUUUCUAUGGCAUGUGUGGUUUGCUAAAAGAGUUUUUGCUUCAGCGAUACUUCAGUAAGGAGGUUCGUGGUAGUGUUGAAGUUCCAGAGUCGGAUAUAGUUCAAGCAUGCAGAAAAUUGCUGGAAGAGAGGCAGAGCUUAAAUGUUUGGAGAUUUCUUCAUGCAAUUAAUCGGAGACCUGACAUAACCGAAGGGUUAAAAUCUCUAAGGUGUCGCACACUUAUAUUUGUUGGGGAUAGCUCUCCCUUCCAUUCGGAGGCUCUCCACAUGACCUCAAAGUUGGACAGGAGAUACAGUGCCUUAGUAGAGGUCCAGGCUUGUGGAUCCAUGGUGACAGAGGAGCAGCCACACGCAAUGUUGAUACCAAUGGAGUACUUCUUCAUGGGGUAUGGCCUGUACCGGCCAUGCCAUUUCAGCGACAGCCCUAGGAGCCCGCUCAGCCCGUCUUGCAUCUCCCCGGAGCUUCUCUCCCCAGAAAGCAUGGGCCUGAAACUAAAACCGAUAAAGACCCGUGUUUCACUUGGCCUAUGACAAUGUCGGAAGACAGGCAGAAAACUGGAAACAGUGCAAAGGGAUGUUGGGAUUCGAAAUCUGCUUCGAUUUUUUGGUUCUUUUGUUAAAAUUUUCGUUGUUUAAGAAGGAAAAGGGUAGACGAAGAUGAAGCGUCCGGAGGGAGAGGGGAGAGGAUGGUGUAGAUACAGACGGGGAAGAAGAAUAUGUGGAUGUCAUAUAUAUAUUAUUAAGUAUAAUCAAAUGUGUUGUUAAAUAGUAGGAAGGAGACUUUCAUUCAUUCUUUUGUAGUCACUCAAACAAAUUGGAUUGACAUUUAUUCAUGAUGACGAGAAAUCAAUAACAAAGGGGGGACAACUCUUCCCAUUCAUUCACACAA